GAGAGAGAGACACACACAUCAGAAAAGAAGAACCGAUAGAGCGUGCCACAGUAAUGCUAUAUAGUGGUGCGAGAAGAGUGACGGUGGCCGCGGUGCGGCCGGACGGCCGUGCGGCGGGCGCCACGAGAUCGAUCGUGGUGGUGAAGAAAAAGGGCGCCAAGCGUAGCGGCGGCGAUAGAAAAGAUCGGCGGACUAGAGAUGGUGCUGCUGCCAUGGGACCGGGCCGUGAGGAGUCUUCGCUCCAGGCAUGGGUCCGCAAGGAUGACCGGAGCAGACUAGACGCCGAGGAGCGAGCCCAUAGACGGAAGAUGCAGAGUCUUCGGGAGUUGACGGUGCGGGUCGCCCUGAUGGUGCGACAGCGUGAGCGCGAGGAUCGUAGGGCGUUGAGCCAAGAGGAAGAAACUCGGGCAUCACAGAACUUGGUUGGACCAGCGUCCGGUCCCUUGCCCGCAGGAUAUGUUGAUCUGGAGAGUCAGCGAGUGUUGGGGUUGUUGGGGGGACCAGAGGGUGGCAGGAGGUCAGGUGACCCGCAGGCCAUCGGUCUCUUGGGUCAAGCCGAGGGGGGCACCACAAACAUUGGUAUGACUACUAGAGGGUCUCUCUUUACCGUUCCGGCCGCAUUGGGCAUCCCAGAAAGUAUCCAACAACGCUUGGGGCUCUCGAUCCGAUACUUGGUGUCGGCAAAGCACCAGAACUGGCCGAUGGUUCUCCAACAAUUGGCCGCCGAGGGAGGGUUCAAGGGCCUCCCCACCAAGGAUGUACGGCAAUUUGUGCGGGCCAUGCCGCCGAAACAACUCAAGAAUUUGAUCCCCGUGGUGCAAGAGAUGUGUGCUGCCGGCGACGUGGAGGUGGGCCAGAAAUUGGUGGACUUGUUCAUCCAGGCGUUGGUCCAAGGAGGAGAGGUGGAUGCAAGGGCCAUGCAUGAGAUCAACCAGUGGAAGAGACACCUCCAGCGAGUCAACAAGGGCGGCAGACUCCCACGGUCGACGUACGAGUUGCUUGUGGCGGCGCUGGGGAAACAUGGCGACAUGACGCUGGUGAACGCAUACUUGACCGAGAUGAAGGCCAGAGGACUCGAACCCUCAGCAGAGACCUUCACCAACGUGUUGACCACCUGUGUUUACCGGGCCAAGGACCAUGGGCAAGCGGUGGCGAUUUUCGAGUCGAUGAAGUUUCUUUCGGCCCGGACCAAGCCCACGACCAAGAACUACCAGGACAUCAUUGUGCUGUACGUGAACAACGACCAGAUCGAGAAGGCGUUGGACUUGUACCAGGAGAUGAAGGUGGAGAAGAUCGGCAUGAACCAGCCGAUCAUGGUGGCGCUUGCGCGCGGGUGCACGACACGGGUCGAGCUCCGUAUGAAGGCAUGGGAGUUUAUGUUUGAAAUCUAUGAGAGACGUUGGGACCCCACGGUGGAGACGGUGGAGUAUUUGAUGUACUUGGCGGCCAAUGACGGCGAUUUGGCGUUGGUGCGGGCGUUGUACCGGAAGAUGAACGAGAGCCAGGAUGUGACCGAGAGGGCGUUCCUGUUCUUGAUGUUGGGGUAUGGGAAGAGUGCCGAAGAUGGAGAGAUGCCUGGGAUCACGUUCAAUGAGAGAGGAAGAGUGUUCCGGAGGAAUAUCUUGGACGAGGCGGAACGUGAGAUUUUCCAUGGAGGAGACGAGAAGGGUCUGAACGAUCCAGCAAAGAACAUCCCAUUCCUCCCGUUGGUUACACUUCAACUGGCAGCCCAAAGGGUGGCGGAGUCGAGUGCCAUGUGGGCCCACACGUUGAUUUUCAACGGCCGGUUGAUCAAUGAUAAGAACACUGACAUGUAUUUGAAGGUUGCCAUUGAACAUGGAGAGAUGGGUGAUUUCAUGGAGAGGUACGAGGGCUCAACUGAGUUGGAUAGGGAGGGAAUUCCGGGCAGUAGAGAAGUAGCAGAAUCAGAAACAGAAGCGUCAGCUUCUGUUGAGGAUUCUGAGAUAGUAGAGGAAGAGUCAGAGGUUGCUGAGAUAGUAGAGGAGGAGUCUGAAUCUGCUGAAGUGGUAGAAGAAACUGAAUCUGCUGCAGCUGGUGAGAAGCCAGUAAUCGAGGAGGAGCUCUCAGAAGUACUGGAGACUAGCUACAUCAUGGAAGAAUUGGAAGAACCUACCCAGUCAUUAUCCACCCCGCGCUCGAGUCUCACUUCACCAUUACUCCCCUUACUGACGAACAAGGUGGCCCGAUCAACCCGGAUCUACCAAACAGCACUCAGCGCCGCGGCCCGCUUCAACUCGUUUGAGUUUGCCCAGACCGUCUGGCAAGAGAGAGGUCAAUUCCGUAAAUCCACGGUCUUUUCUCGCCUCCCAAUUCGCGAGAGAGACGCCCAGGACUUCCUGUUUGCACAGAGCAUGGUGAGAUCGCUCACAAGGAUGGGAAUGCUCACGGACGCGAUGGCCGUGGUGGUGUCGACGGAGUACCAGUUCAAGUGGUCGUGGAAGGAGCUAAGCGAGUUGUACCACAGCGCACUCGAGGUUGGCGACGAGAGAAUCACCCAGACGUGCAAGGGGAUCAGUGGCCGGGCCUUGGCGAAGCACGAGGGAAGAAUCAGAAGAAAGGACUACAAGAGGUACGUCAUGGAAAGAGGAUAUUAAAUAGAACAAGAGC